AUGCCCGGAGUUGCACUCCCGGUGACAGAACGAGCUCCUUCGCUUCGAAUCAGCCUCAGGAGGAGGGCUAUAGCACAGGCACAAGAAGUAUCGCAAGCUGCUACACCAGCAAAAUCUACCACCAAAUCACAACCAAAAAAGCGGGGGCGACCAUCGGGAUCGAAAUCGAAGUCUCAGACGUCAACCAGAGCUCCUGUGGAGGGAAAAACCAGGGUCGGAAAGGGAAGAUCUUCUGCCAAAAGCAAGCACUCCAGACCAUGGGAGGUUGACGACAAUGAAGAUCGAGCGUACGAUUAUGUAUCGUGUUCUGAAACUGAAUCAUCUUCUAGUGAAGAGGAGUAUUCGCUUAUAACAUCACAGUCGCAAGUGUUCCUCGAAGAUGAGCAGGACACCGAUUGUUUCGCAAACGAUGAAACCUUUCAAUACUCUGAGGAAGAUGCGGUAUGUCUACAGUGA